ACUUGCUCUCUUUCAUCGGGUCCUGCCUUUUCUAAUUUUAUUUUAUUUUUUACUCGCCUCCGUCCGUCCUACUCUGCAGCCCAUCUGCGUCCACAAGGUUAUCACUCUCCUUUGCUAUUUUUCAGAUUUUCUCCAAAAAGAUUUUGUCUUUCCAACUUCCAAGCCCAGUGCUCGCUCUCUUUUGCUACUAGUCUUUGUUCUCUCCACGACCAAGUCUUUCCCAUUUCCAUUGACAUCAAAAAGUAAGGAGAAAGAAACCCCAACUCUGCGACUAUUCCUCUCACCACUUUAUUCGGAAAAGCUCUGGAUCCCUUGCACACUCCCUGAUAAUCAUCGCCCAUCACGUCUAUCUCGGCGAUAAUAUCCGGAUUUAGUCAAAAUGCAGACCGUUUGAAGACUCUGAUACGGGUCGGUGGUGUUGCUGAGCCGUCCCUGUGAUCUUGCCUAGAAAUUUAAUGAUGAUAUUCUUGAAGAUUCUUGGGCUUUAUGCGUUUUCUUCUAGGCGAUAUAUUAUUUGUUCUGGUCUUUAAUAGUUGUGCCAUUGUGGGUUUCUGCGCGCGCGCGAGUUUGGGCUUUGCAUGCCUUACUCAGCUUCGAGCAAACUAUUGAAAGCAGGACAUUUUGCCUUUUUGGUUUUUUUGGACGGCUGAAACUUCGGCCAAGAUUUAGGGUUUUUCUACUGGAACCCCUUCUUCGCUGUUCCUAAGGAGAUCAGCUCGAAUCGUCAGUUCAUUGAGCUGAAUCUGUCAAAUAUUCCAAAGCAUCGAUGGGGCUUCUUCUCCAGAGUCUCUCGAUGAUUAUUCUACUGAUGUGGUUCUUCUGCCUGCCGGCCCUGAGGGCUCAAUCAACUAAUGGGUCUUCCUUAAGCCCUGCUCGUGCUCUGGAUGCACUGCUACAAGCCUACGCUUACAAGGCUUUUCAUCGUCCAAAGACUGGCAUUCCCUAUGAGGGGGCUGUUCCCUCGAAUUUGACCGGGAUCAACAUUACAGCACUGAGGCUGAGGAGCGGUAGCCUAUUUAGAUACGGUGUUGCUAAGUACAACGAGUUCCAUAUUCCCAAAGGAGUUAGCGAGCAACCAUACGUGAAGAGGCUUGUUUUGGUCUACCAAAACUUGGGCAAUCGGUCCGCAACGUAUUACCAGUUAUCUGGUUACACUUACUUAACUCCAGUGCUGGGUCUGCUUGCAUAUAAUGCUUCAAACUUGUUAGCUACAGAUUUACCAGAAUUGAACAUUACGGCGACUCGCGAUCCCAUAUCAAUUAGAUUUUCAGAUGUGAAAUCAGCCCCUGAUGGGGCUGUAGCAAAAUGUGUUCAGUUUGAUUUGUAUGGUCAACACAGUUUCAGCAACGUGUCAUCUAAUAAUCAGUGUUCAACAAUUCAGCAUGGUCAUUUCUCUAUUGUAGUUGAGUCUAUUGCUCCCCCACCAAUCUCUCCUACACCAAGUGGUGAAGGAAAGAAAAAUAAUUCGAAAGUUGGGAUAAUUGUUGGAUCCGUGCUAGGUGGACUUGCACUGUUGAUGAUAUUGACAUUCCUGGUUCUGUGGGUGCAGAAGUUCAAGCACCGGAAGAAAGUGCAACAGAUGGAGAGGGCUGCAGAUGUUGGAGAAGCCUUGCAUAUGACCACGGUUGGGAAUACGAAAGCCCCUGCUGCAACAGUGACUCGAACACAACCAGUCCUGGAGACUGAAUAUGCUCCCUGACUCCCACAGAGUGUACAAGUCUCUGCUCUCAUCCAAAUACCAUUCAUAUUCAAGUUCAAUUCCUGUAUUCAGUAAUUCUUCCAAAUCACACCUAUUUUUGUGGUCUCAUCUCCCGUUUUGUUUCUUGGUAGACUGUUGGUUUUAGCGUGGUUAAUAUAGGAUUUUUGUGUAAUCAGUCACAAAGCCGUCCAUAGUUUUAUGAUUCAUUGUUGUGUGUAGCCCAAAGUGAUUUUAAAUGUGAUGAAUUGAGUCGUCCAAAUUGAGGAGGAAUAAAAUUUCUAAUGGCAAGUUUUUUGUU